AUGUCCGACCCUCGAUUCGCGAGGCUCCACUCAGACCCAAGAUUUCGUCGUCCAAAGAAACAACAAUUCAAGGUCGCUGUAGACGAUCGCUUCAAGAGCGUCUUCGAGGACGACAAGAAGGGAAAGAAAAAGGGCAAGAGCAGUGCGUAUGCGCGCGUUGACAAGUAUGGCCGUACACUCUCCGACUCGCACGACAAGGACAAUCUUCGCCGCUUCUACCGCCUUGAGAAGGAAGAAGAAGAAGAAGUCCAUGCUGGUCCUGACUAUGCUCGUGGAGAGGGCCUAGUCGAAUCCUCUGACGAGGAAGACGACGAACAGCAAGGAGACGACGACGACUCUGAUGCGGGUGGUCCUGUCACUCUUGGCCGUGAUCCAUCUAAGCCAAUAAGAGUAGACGAUGCUGACCUAGAGAUUGAUCUUGACGAGGAUAACUUUGCGGAUCUCGAUGCUCAGGCUGAAGCUUACUCGAAGUCUGCCCCUCAGGACGAAGAUAAUCAGGACGAAACAGAACGCACAACGCGAAUCGCUGUCGUUAAUCUCGACUGGGACCACAUUCGGGCCGUACACUUGUACAGAAUCUUCAACUCGAUAGUCUCACCUGCUCCUGCCCACGCAUCCUCCUCGAAGGCUACCUCGAGCUCUAUCCGCGGGAAGGUCCUGAAUGUUCGUGUUUAUCCCAGUCAAUUCGGCAAGGAGAGGAUGGAGAAAGAGGAGAGGGAAGGGCCCCCGGUGGAGUUGUUCAAGAAACGGGUCGACGAGGACGAAGAAGUGAAUGAGACCAAUAUCUACGAGACUGGCGAUGCAGACGAAUACGAUGCGGAUGCAUUGCGUAAAUAUCAGUUGGAGCGGCUGAGGUAUUACUAUGCUAUUGUCGAAUGCGAUUCAGUGCAGACCGCUUCGCAUGUCUACAACGAGCUGCAGGGCACAGAGCUCGAACGGUCUGCGAACGUCUUCGAUCUCAGCUUCGUUCCGGCCGACAUGACUUUCGAGGACGACUUCCGAGACGAGGCCACUGCUGCCGACCUCACUGCUGAUGCCAGUUACAAAGGUCUCGACUUUGUGACGGACGCUCUUCGUCAUUCAAAAGUCAAGUUAACCUGGGAUCAAGACGACCCCGAGCGUAACCGCGUCACACGACGAGCUCUAUCCCGCAAAGAAAUCGAAGAGAACGACUUCCGAGCCUAUAUCGCCUCUUCCUCCGAUUCCGAACCGGAAACCUCUGUGGCCGCUGUGGGCAAUAAUAAGACCAUGGAGCGGGAUAAAUUGCGCGCGCUUUUACUUGGAGGAGGCGGGAAUGAUAUGCCGGAGGGAUGGGGUGGUGGGGAUAGGGAUGGAGGGGAUGGCAAAGACGGCGAGGUGGAUAUGGAGGUGACGUUCAUGCCGGCAUUGAGUGGGACGAAGGAGGGAGAUGAGACGACGCUGGACAAGUAUCAGAGGAAGAUCAGGGAGAAGCGGAAGAAGAGAAAGGCCGAACAGAAGGGUAAGGGUGAUAGUGAGGAGGAGGCCGAGUCCGCGAAGAACAAAGUCGCGGCGGAUGACUUCUUUGGCGAUAGUGGGGAGGAAGACGCUGCCGUUGAGACUUCAGACAAGCACAAGAAGGACAAGGGGAAGGACAAGAAGAAGAAGGGGAAGAAGCUCGCCGAAGAGGAGGAGGAGGAACGUGGGCCGUCGACGAAGGAGGAACUUGCGCUACUUGUUGGUGCGGACGUUCUGAACUCGGAGCCUCAACAUUUCGACAUGAAGGCCGUACUCAAGGCUGAGAAGAAGAAGGGAAAGAAGGCCAGGAAGGGGAAGAAAGGGAAGGGUGAUGACGAGGGUGAUAACGAGUUGCAGGAGGACUUCCAGCUGGACGUCACGGAUGAUCGAUUCAAAGCGUUGUAUGAGGAUCAUCAAUUCGCCAUUGAUCCAAGCCAUCCUCACUUCAAAAAGACGAAGUCUAUGUCUGCCCUGCUGCAAGAGCGGACUAAACGAAACAAAAAUCGGUCGGGUGACCGUGAUGACAUUGGGUCGAAAACGGCAGGGGAGUCUGGCGAGGGCCAGAGUCUCCAGAGUCUUGUCGAGAGCGUCAAGCGGAAAAGUGCGGUUGCAGAAGGUCGCACUGGGAAGAGGCAGAAGUUGUGA